UAAGUUUUGGACAUAUUUCGGAAUGUAAUUGCGAUCAAAAUUAUUGUUUUUAAUUUUCAGGAAAUGGUAUAAAAAUUAAGUAACGAAAGACAUAACACUUCAAAAAAUGACCGCUCCCAAUACCAUUGAAUCAGCAGAUAAAAAUGAAGAAGUUAUUAAAACAGAAUAUGAAAAAAGGGUGUUACAUUUACACGAAAAUCUUAAGAUGUUACACGGAGCGCUUACGUCAAAAAUAGAAUAUGAGAAAAAGAUGAGGAAAAGUAAAAAGAGUUAUAAAAGGAACGAAAAUGUUCACUCUAUAUAUUUACCAGAUUUCUCGAAUGAGAUAUUAGAUGUUAUUACAAAAUAUAAGGAAACAUUUAUUAAGGCCCCAAAACGAAUCGAUCCAUAUACGAAAGACUUAUUGAGUUGUUUAGAGUUAAUUAAUACGCUAAAAAAUAAAAAUAAAAGGGUGAAUAUGUUUUCACCGAAAAUUAAUGAACAGGAUUUUCAUCGUUUAUGUAAUUUUCAACAAGAAAUAUUAGUUAUGUCUCAAAAGUGUUUCGAAGUUGAAACUCUUCGAUUAUCUGUUAAUGAAGUGUUAACUGAACAAUUGUUUUAUUAAAUAUGUACCUAAUACAAAAAAUAAAAAAUAAAUUAAUUACUUUUUACAUUUGAAA